UGAAUUGUGUGUAAACCCAUUACCAUCAAUAUCUUUAUCCAAAUCCAAAUACAAUUAACUAAUGAAAUGCCAGAGCUCAAAUCAAUCAAAGCACACUCGAGAUGCUUUCUGCCUAACUUUAGAUCCUUGAAAUUCGUCUAGAGAACUCUACUAUCCUCCACGUAUUCAAGUACGUGUUGCGUCCCUGCGACCCUCCUCCAUUCUCUCGACGCCGCGCGUCACACACCCACCAUUUCCCGAACCCUCCACCGCCAUAAAUAACCAAACCACUCGUCCAUUCCAAAACAAAAUCACCACAUUCACCACCACAAACAUCAAUCAAAGGAGAACAAGAACAAGCUCGAAAACACUCACAUCACAACAAUGGCAAGCGAUGGAAGCGACGAGUUCAGGCUGGUGUCACCCUCGAUAAGCAACGAGGGGAGGCUACCAAGACACUACACCGAUGAAGGACAAGGAGCGAAGAAGAACAUAUCUCCACCGUUGGAGUGGUACAACCUCCCGCAGGAUACUAAAUCUCUAGCUCUCGUCGUGGAGGACAUUGACGCGCCUGAGCCGGAGGAUCCAAUUGUGCCCUGGACCCACUGGGUGGUUGUCAAUAUCCCGCCGACGAUUAAGGGGCUGCCGGAGGGAUUCUCCGGCAAAGAGGAGGAGAUGGGCGGGGACUAUUCCGGGAUCAAGGAAGGGACCAAUGAUUUGAAGAAAACUGGGUGGCAUGGUCCUAGGUUGCCCAACCACGGUCAUAGGUUGCAGUUUAAGCUUUAUGCUUUGGAUGAUCAGCUUCACCUUGGUAACAAGGUGACGAAGGAGAAGCUGUUGGAUUCCAUUGGAGGGCAUGUGCUAGGAGAAGCUGGCUUGACGGCUAUUUUCUGAUGUGUUAAUGUAAAAAUAUAUAUUAAUAUUGUAAGGUUGUUGUGUGUGUUAGAUACUCAUGUACCAUUAUGAAUGUGAUACCAAGCAAUGAGAUUUUUAAGCAUUCUGUCAAAUAAUCCUUUGCUUGUAUCUCUUUUUUAUUAAUUAUUGUUUGAACGAAUAAUUAUUUCCAAGAAAUU